AAAUCAAAAGCAAUAUUUCAACGUCAAAGAAUUUGAAUAAAUCGAAACAGAGUUCUUUUUUUUGACAUCCGGUUGCUGAUCAAAGAAAAUACCCCCAAAAUGGCACCCAGGAAGGCUAAAGUCCAAAAGGAGGACGUCCAGGUUCAGCUCGGACCCCAAGUUCGCGACGGAGAGGUUGUAUUCGGAGUGGCCCACAUUUACGCCAGCUUCAACGACACCUUCGUGCAUGUUACGGAUCUGUCCGGCCGUGAAACAAUUGCCCGUGUUACCGGAGGCAUGAAGGUCAAGGCCGAUCGUGACGAGGCUUCGCCCUACGCCGCUAUGUUGGCUGCUCAGGAUGUGGCCGAGAAGUGCAAGACCCUGGGCAUUACUGCUUUGCACAUCAAGCUGCGUGCUACCGGAGGCAACAAGACCAAGACCCCUGGACCCGGUGCCCAGUCCGCUCUGCGAGCCCUGGCCCGUUCUUCAAUGAAGAUUGGCCGCAUCGAAGACGUGACUCCCAUCCCAUCGGACUCCACCCGCAGGAAGGGCGGUCGCCGCGGUCGUCGUCUGUAAAUGUCUGAAUCUGGAGAGCAGGAGUUGGUCAAAAUACAGCAUUUGCGUAUGAUGGCAUACACAUACACAUACAUAGGUGUACUGUCAUAAACCAGGAAUAUAUAAUUAGUGAUGCCCCAUCCUUGCUCUAAAAUAAAUGUGUACCCUUAACUUUAAGAUUUGCACAUAAUUAAACAAGUAAUUGUUUUUGCGAUUUAAUAAAUGAAUUUUAAAUUAA